AUCGAUACUCACAAUGGAGAAAAAGAUCACAAUGCCGAAAAUACCCUUCUUGUUCCCUUCUUAUACAAAAGCAACACUAUUGGCCUUAUCAACGGAGCAGCAGCUACUCUCCUUUAGCACAAAUCUCCAUCCAUGGCGUCUUCUCUCGCUACUAGGCCUCUGGUUGCCUUCGCUUCUGGUUCCCAUACCAAAGCUUGGGGUCCCUCUAAUUCGGUUAAGCUUCAUAUGCUUCGAUUGCCGUCCUCCUCCAGUUUUCUAUCGGGUUCCUUGCACUUUCCUUCUCUCACCACUUCUUUGAACCCCUUGUCUUCGAGGAUUUCUGUUCGUAGCUUCGUCCGAGCUAGUGCUGAGGUACCUCCUUUACAAGCGAAAGUGACAAAUAAGGUGUAUUUUGAUGUGAGCAUUGGUAAUCCAGUAGGGAAGCUUGCUGGGAGGAUUGUGAUUGGAUUAUUUGGGGAUGAUGUCCCCAAAACGGCAGAGAAUUUCCGUGCUCUUUGCACAGGAGAGAAGGGCUUUGGAUUCAAAGGUUCUGCCUUUCAUCGUGUAAUCAAGGAUUUCAUGAUACAAGGGGGUGACUUUGACAAGGGAAAUGGAACUGGGGGCAAAAGCAUAUAUGGCCGUACAUUUAAAGAUGAAAACUUCAAUUUGAGUCAUACUGGACCAGGAGUUGUCAGCAUGGCGAAUGCAGGUCCAAAUACUAAUGGAAGUCAAUUUUUCAUAUGCACUGUCAAGACACCAUGGCUGGAUCAGAGGCAUGUAGUUUUUGGGCAAGUCUUGGAAGGGUUUGAGACAGUUAAGCUAAUUGAGUCGCAAGAAACAGACCGUGGUGACCGGCCGUUGAAGAAGGUCGUCAUCAGUGAUUGUGGCGAGCUUCCGGUGGCCUAACUUAUCUGUGACCAGAUAACUAAUCCUAUCUCUGGAUUUUAGCUAAUCUUCAAUUAAAUGAUCUUUCUUCAAGUCUUUUUGCUUUAAUCUGGUUGUUGGUGAAAUAGAGCUCAGAAAGCGGGAUUUUAUUUGAUGAAAUUAGAUGAUGUUUUGUUGACCAAAGUUUAUUAUGGAAGUAUAUUUGCCCAUGAGGCUACUCCCUCCCUUAUUUUUUGAGAGAAAUAAAGAGGUCUCCUUGAGUCUGUAUUUUUCAUUA